AUGGCUGCCCCAGCUUUCCAGUUUGAAAAGACUGACAGUCUCGAGCGCAUUAUCACACCCUGGAAGCAACCACCGCAAACCACGUAUGUCUUCACGAACGCGAAUGUGAUUGAUCCACGAGAUGGAAGCAUCAUGCGAAAUGCCACGCUACGCAUGAGCGGUGGCUUUGUGGAAGGCCUUCAUCCUCCAGGGGAAGCAGUGACUGGCGAUGAAGAGUAUGAAACGAUUGAUCUUCAAGGCAAAUACAUUCUACCGGGACUUUGGGACUGCCAUGUGCACCUUGUGGCCGUUCAAGGAAGCCACAGCCUCGACGAGAUUCUGGACUAUCCGUCUGUCACGGUUUCCCUACGCCAGCCUGAAAUUGGGCAAGCCAUGCUAGAUCGAGGGUUCACUACGGUUCGCGACUGCGGAGGAGCCUUACUUCCGCUCAAAACAGCAUUCCAGGAAGGCGUACAUCCUGGUCCUCGGCUCUUCAUUGCCGGCAGGCAGCUUACCCAGUCUGGAGGCUCUGGCGACCAUCGAUCUCAGAGUGACGACCGAAUUUGCUGUGCUGGCGCCGUCCAGGCCCCUUGCCGGACAGUCGAUGGCGUGCCAGAAUGCUUGAAGUUUGCCCGAGGGGAGCUGCGACUCGGGGCGGACUUCGUCAAAAUCAUGGCGGGAGGUGCUGUGUCUUCACCCGUGGGAAACCUGACCGACAUUGACUUCACCGAAGAAGAAAUUAGAGCCAUCACCACGGUCACGAAGAAUGCCGGGACUUUCACGACUGCGCAUGCUUACACGCCUGCCGUCAUUCAACAUGCCAUCCGGUGUGGUGUGCUUGGUAUCGAGCAUGGCAACUUUCUGGAUCAGACCACCGCUGAAAUGAUGGCUGAGAAGGGCGUCUUCUACACACCAACCCUCGCAGCGUACGCGGCUGGUCAGAUGCCGGAAUUCGGCUCGUUCAUAAGCGAAGCCUCCAAACUCAAGCUGAAAAGCACUCUGGAAAGUGGUAUCGAGGCAAUCAAGAUUGCGAAAGCGGUCGGCGUGAAGAUGUGCUUCGGUACAGAUCUUCUUGGUCCUAUGCACUUUGCGCAGACAAAGGAGUUUGUCAUUCGCAGUUCUGCACAGACACCAUUGGAGAUCAUUCAGAGCGCAACAGUCAAUGCAGCCCAGAUGAUGAAGCGUGAGGACUCUCUGGGCCGUGUAGCGCCUGGCUUUGUCGCAGAUCUGCUCAUCCUGAACGCCAAUCCUCUCGACGACAUCACGGUCUUGGGCAGGCCAGACGAGCACUUGUUAGCUGUUUUCAAAGAAGGAAGGCUCAUGAGUUCGCGCUGGUCAAGGCUGAGUGUCAGAACACGCCGGCCUCAGAACAUUCUUUAG